UUGGUUAUUUGUAAAAAUAUUAUAAAUGAAACAAGUUUCUUUCAAAAUGAUCUAUAAAAUUCUUAUUGAAUAAAUGAGUUUUGGUAUCUUAUACAAAAUUCGUAGCAGUUUGGUAGUUUAUACAUUGAAAAGGUACGAGUUUUUUACGAUCGGCAUUCUGUGGUUCUGCAUUCCUCUUUUACAUCUUUUGUGGUACAUGUAUGAUUUUUGUGCAGAUUUAAAAGCUCUAGACCGCUCCCAGAUCCCUUUAAAAUGCAGGUAUUUACACAAAAACGUAACCCGAUAACCGGGAGCACGGAAUGGGACGUCCAACAUGAGGACUAUGACUAUCACCAGGAGAUCGCACGCUCUGCCUUCGCAGACAUGCUUCACGAUACUGAGAGGAACCAGAAAUAUUACAGGGCUCUUAAAAUUGCUAUUGAUAAGAUGCAUGCGGAGGGGAAGAAAGCUAAUGUUUUGGAUAUUGGUACUGGCACUGGACUGUUAUCCAUCAUGGCUGCACAGUGUGGUGCCGAUUCUAUUGUCGCCUGUGAAGCCUUCAAGCCCAUGGCUGAAUGCUGCCUCAAGAUCUUAGAGAAAAACGGUGUUGCUGACAAAAUUACUGUCAUACCUAAACGGUCCACGGAGCUGACUGUGGGCGAAGAUGGGGACAUGAAAGAGAGAGCUAAUAUUCUGGUUACUGAGGUGUUUGAUACUGAAUUGAUUGGGGAAGGUGCCCUUUCAACAUUUUCGCAUGCACACAAGCAUCUGCUAGAAAAGGACAGCAUAGUUGUUCCAGACUCUGCCGUCAUAUAUGUGCAGUUGGUGGAAUGCCCGACGCUGCAGAAGUGGAAUAAGCUCAAUGACCUGGCUGAUGAGGACUGUGAGAUUGUGCUGAGGGCUCCGCAAAAGAUGAAAUCCUGCGCCGGAUCAGCAGCCGUCCACGACUUGCAGCUCUCCCAGCUGCCUCGAAGCACCUUCAAAGAGCUGUCUGAACCCCUGCCGAUAUUCUACUACGACUGGUCCGGACGCACACCUAUAGACAUGAAGCGGACCGUCAAACAGGACCUCUCGGUGUUGGACACUGGCGAGGCGCAGAUGGUGUUCAUGUGGUGGGACCUUAAUAUGGAUACUGAAGGAAAAAUCUGCCUCAGCUGCGCUCCCUGGUGGGCCCAUCCCGACGCCAACUUGACAAUAGAGCGACCCCAAGACUCCAUCCCCUGGCGAGACCACUGGAUGCAAGCCGUCUACUACCUCCCACAACCACUCCCCGUCAGCAAAUCCUCAGAGGUCACCCUCAUAUCCUGCCAGGACGAAUACUCCCUCUGGUUCUACCUUGAAGACCAGAACACCAAGUACAAGAAUCACAAAAGACCUAUCUGCGAAUGCGGAGUACAUAUGGCCUUAUCCAGAACACAUGUCUCAUACCUGAACGAUGGAAAACGCAGCAAGAAAUUCCUAGCGCAGAUAAAAGAGGAGUUGAAUAACCAUUCAGUUGUUCUAGACCUAAAUGGAAGCAGUUUCUUAGGAUUAGCUGCUGCUAAAAUGGGAGCCAAAAUGGUUUACAUAGUCGAAGAUAUGAGUAUAAACUUAGGGAUUUUAACGGACUAUGCUUCAGAAAACGGUAUAAGCAAUGUGAAGUUUAUUCCAGAAGUUAAUGAAGAAGUUUUAAAAGAUUUAACUUUAGUUGUUGCUGAUCCAAGUUUCAGCAGUGCGAUACUUCCUUGGGAGAAUUUGAAGUCCGCUUUCAUUCUCUACAAGUACCGGGAUAGUGUUAAGGCCCAUGUGGAGAUGGUGCCGGAGGCCUGUGAGUUCUGGGCGAUGCCUGUAGAGUUUCAGGAUUUGCAGAAGAUCAGGAUACCCUUGGGGAGGUGCGAGGGGAUUGAUAUGGGCAUUUUUGAUGAACUUGUUGAGAGGUCCCGCAUUAUAAGCGACGCGGAAUUGGAAGCGCAGCCGUUAUGGGAGUACCCGUGUCACUGCCGCGGCGCCCCUCGCAAAUUGAUAGAAAUCGACCUACGCUGCCUUAAGCAAACUUACGCUGCCAACGACUCAUUCACUUUUGAAUCGGACGCCAGGGUGAACGGCUUCGCCUUAUGGGCGGUAUGGAAAGUGGGCGGCAAGGGCAUCAGCUGUGGACCCGUGGAUUACCCCAGCGUUGGACAGCGCGUGGAGUGGGACACGCAUAGCAGACAAGCUGUUAAAAUACUGCAACGAGCACACUCGGUGGGACGCGGAGACUCGUGGAGCUACCAGCUGGUCUGCGACCUGGACAAAGGGCAGUUCAACGUCAAACUAGACCUGCACAAAGCUGAAUAACUUGAAUUUGUUGCAUUCCUACAAUAUAAAUUUAUUAAAUGUAUGUUAAUUAUACGACGUGUUUUUAGGGUUCCGUACCAAAAAGGUACAAAGGGAACCUGGCAAUGGCGCCGCUCUGUCCGUCUGUCUGUAACAUUUCUAAAUA